AUGUUCGGUGUACUUAGAACAGCAGUAAAUGCGAGAGCUUUAUCGAGAGUUAGCUUAACGCCUUCAAUUCCAAUCACCCAAGUUCGUCAAUAUAGCGCUGGACAUGAAGAGGAAAGCUUUGAAGACUUCACAAAGAGAUACACCGCAUUCUUCGAUCAAGUUGAAGACCUUUUCGAAUUGCAAAGAGGAUUGAACAACUGUUUCGCUUACGAUUUAGUACCUGCUCCUGAAAUAUGCGAAUCUGCAAUCAGAGCUUCUAGACGUGUUAACGACUUUAGCACUGCUGUCAGAAUCUUUGAAGGCAUAAAGGAGAAGGUCGAAAAUCAAGGCCAAUAUGAGCAAUACCUUGAUGCUCUCAAGCCACUCAGAGAAGAACUUGGCAUUCCAACUAGAGAAGAAUUAAAUGCGUAG